GUCAUCACCGCACCUGGAGCACGCACAUCCAGAUGCGCCCUGCCGCUGUGCCGCCGAGCAAGGACCACUCCGAGGACACAUUGUGUCACAAACAAACAGGUGCCACGGUACCAGCCUAUCGCUGCGUGUGCACGGGCAUGACACCUCGGCGCGUCUCAAUCGGAUCAAUUCAUUUAUGAUAGUGUUAGCAGCUAGCUAAUCGAAGGGUACUUCAUCUAACAACGACCUUUAUCGCACCGUGCGUGUGUCAGCUGUGGUUUUAUCUGCCCCGCGCACACUGGACAUGCGGGGUAAAUGCGGGAGUCGGGACUAGCCGUGUAUCGUUUCGGGCUUUGUCCAAAGGAAACACGGGAGUCACUGGAGAUGGCUUUGAUGAAACGCGGAGAGGCUAACUGAAGCUAGCGGGCUAGCUUCACGUAUCUCCGCAGAUCAGCGCACAGAGUCGGGGGCAUCGAGCACCAUGGAGCCUUUCCCGGUGUAAGAUCUGUUUUUCACAUGAAGACAAUGGAAUCUAUGAGGCGCUAGCAGGACGAGUAUCGAUGGAGUCCUUUUUACAGAUAGCCCCGCACUCCCUGGCUAUAGUAUUGAGCAGAAACGGCUGUGAAGGGGGUGUGGGGACCAGCCGUGUGUCUGAGAGCGAGGAGCUGCCCAGACAUCACACGGGCUACGAGAUCUUUGCUGAUUUCAAAGCGGAGAACGCGCAGCAGCGCGUGUGGAACCAGCGCAUCACCGAGGCCGUCUCUGAGACCUUCUUCCUGGGAUGGAUAGACGAGCAUGUGCUUCUGAUCCAGGGGAAGGAGGACCACCUGGAGGUCCUGAGGGAGGGCUGGAUGCGGAGGUCCCUCAACCCCCCGCGGGGAUUCACCAUCAAAUACCUGGGUGAUGUGUCACCAAUCAGUAUGUCCCCCAUCAGCCAAUCACAGUUCAUCCCUUUGGGAGAAGUACUGUUAUUGGCCAUCUCGGCUAUGAACUCCGCCCAUAAACCUGUGACUCAGGAAGCCCUGACUGAACACCUCCAGACAUGCUUCCCAGGGGUUCCCACUCCCACCGAGGAGGUGCUGCAUCACACGCUGAGCAUGCUUGUCCGUGACCGGAAGAUCUACCCGACUCCGGAUGGAUAUUUCAUUGUGACGCCUCAGACCUACUUUAUCACUCCCAGUCUGAUCCGGACCAGCUCCAAGUGGUACCACCUGGACGAGCGCUCCGAGCGACACCAGGCGCAGCAGCACCAGCAGACCCAGUGCACCUCUCCACUGUCCGGCACCAUCACCCCCUCAACAGCAGGGGGUGUCAGAGAACGCACGCACACCAAAUCUGGACAAAACCACACUGACCCCUUCUACAACUAUAGAGCAGACGACCCUCCCAGUCACCACACAACUCUGCAGCGCCGCUCCCCAAAAGAGCACCGCGACUACCCCUCUCCACACUCCCCUCACUCCCCACAGACCCCUCCACAGCAGCUAGGUGCCCCCGAUAAGAGCAGGGCCACCCUGAGCUUCCCCUUCAAGACCGACACGCUGACUAAACACCGGGCUGCGAGCGGAGGGGGCACGGGCAGCGCUACGCUGGGGGACACUGAUAAAUCGGGGACUGGGGGAAACAUGGGAAGUCGAAAGUUUGGAUUGAAGUUAUUCCGUCUGAGCUUUAAGAAGGAUAAAACAAAGCAGCUGGCUACAUUCUCAGCACAGUUCCCUCCAGAAGAAUGGCCCCUGCGGGAUGAGGAGGUGCCCAGCCAGCUGCCCCGCCACGUAGAGAUGGAAAUCAUCCGUCGAAUCAACCCUGACCUCACUGUGGAGAACCUGGCUCGCCACACAGCUGUCAUGAAGAGGCUAGAAGAGGAGCGCGCUCAAAGGAGUAAAGUGUCUUCGGCCAAUCACAGCUCACGGAGUCGCCGCAGUGGCGGCCGGCACCGAAAACAAGCUCAAACCAAAGCCAGUCGGUCCCACAGUAAGACCAGGGGGUCACGAGGUGAGCCCAGCGAUGGCUCUCACUUAGAGCUGGCUGACAGGGACUACCGGGCUUACUCUUCAUCGUUAGCUCGUUCACCACGAGAGCACGCCCUAGCCAUGGAACGCCAGCGGGCUCGGCUCCAUCUAGCCCACAGUAACCCCAAUAUCCUUGAGGCCUCUCAUAUGCCCGUCACACCUGAAUGGGAUGUGUCUGGAGAGCUGGCCAAAAGAAGAACAGAAAUGCCUUUUCCUGAGCCUAGCCAUGGCCCGUCCGCACAACCCUCCAAAGUCCACCGCUCGCACUCCCACACCCAGGAGAGGAAGUCAAGGCAUGAACGCAGUGACAAGGCCAAGGAGCGCUCGCGUUCCAUGGACAACUCCAAAGGGCCCCUUGGUGCUGGGCUGAUGGGACCUCCAAAUUAUUUUGAUGACAGGAGUCGCUAUUACACUGAUGAUGGGACACUAAGAGCCAAUCAGGGCUCUUCACACUACUCCCGGACCACACCUCCUUCAGCUAAGCCCUCUGCUGAUGGUUUGGGGAUGGAUAUAGCCCGAAGCUUGGAGAAGAGUAAGAGCAGGGACAGUCUACCGGCUUACUCACCCAAAACUCUGGCUACCUCAGUAGCCCCCGAUGACUACUUCCAGUGUUCUGGCUCCUCUGACGCUGUCACAUCACUCAACCCUCUGGGAACUCUAGGCAAAAGCAGCCAUGACGGCUUGAAAAUUGGCACUACUGACAGACAGGUGGAAAGACAGACACCACACCCAUCAGAAAUGAAAGAGGAUUUGACAAAGGUUGGACCUAAAGGUGGCAGCUUGCCUCCUAUACCUCUGUCAGUUUCUGAGUCCCCGCUUACAAAUGGGAGACUCCCCCACAGUGCCUCUUCUGGUCAAGACAAACGUAAAGAUAUCUUUAGUAAAGACACUCUUUUUAAACCCCCUCCCAGUCUGCCUCUGCCUGGGUAUAGCUCUUUGAGGAAACCUGCAACCCUGGCCUCCACCACUAUGUCAUCUUCAUGUGAUGCUUUGGACUCACAGGAGGCGUACGACACCCCGAAGCCCCUGGUUGCUACCACCUCGGCCCCCCCACAGGGGCCUGACAGCACACCCAGUGCAGCAGAGGCAUCUUUUGACUACUAUAAUGUGUCAGAUGAUGAUGAGCUGGAUGAGAGUGGAGCUAAAGGUCGCGGAGCAGCAGAGAAGGCUGGGGAGGGAGGUGUGGGCAAGGUGGGAGGAACAGGGACCAUGCAGUGGCUUCUGGACCGAGAGAAGGAGCGAGACCUUCAAAGGAGAUUUGAAAGAACUCUCACCUUCCCUGGUGCUAAAGAUAACCUCCAAGAACCCAGUCCUAACCAGCAGUCAGCGCACUCCGCCAGACUGGACAGCAUGGACUCCAGCUCAGUGACUGUGGACAGUGGAUUCAACUCUCCGCGAACACGGGAGAGCCUGGCGUCGAACACUUCUUCCAUCGUAGAGAGUAAUCGCAGACACAACCUGGCCCUGAGCCCGGGGCACCUGGGUCUCACAACAGCGGGGGCCCCCUUCUCCUUCCGUGCCAUCUCCGAGGCUGCAGGAACCCAGGCUGACAAGCUCCAGAAGCCCAGUGCCUGCAUGGCCUCCAUCACCAGCGUCUGAGCCCAUCGCAGCCAGGACUGUUGGAGCUCCAGAGCACCACAGAGCUGCCACGUGGCCCCUCACCCCAGCGGCCCACACACGCGCUGGGCUGAGGCCACACUCACCUCUGUGCACAGUGCGUCGUGUUCUCCAAGUCUGUGAGGGUCAUGCUAUAGUCUCAGGUCAACUGUCUUUCCCUUUCAGCUGUUUCACUUCUGGGCUGGGUUCACUUCACUCACUAGACUACCUACCGAACCACUGCUGUGUCACUACAGCAGUUAUCAGCAGAUGUUUGUGUCAUGUUGAAGGCCAUGCAUUGAGCUUCCUAUUAUCGGACUUUAUUUAUACACAUUAAAACGUAGUAAGUGGGCAAAAAGGGCUUUCAUUUUCUUUCUGGGCUGUUGAGCUCGAUGUGUAGCUGGCAUCACACUGCAUUUGUCCAGUCUGUGGUCAGGGCUCCACACUGAGAAACAGGUGGCAUACAGAGCAGUGGCUAGGCUAGGGAGUAAAUAUAUUUUGUUUCAUCAAUCCUCAAGUAAUGUUAUCCAAUCAGAACAGCACCACUCUUGUCCAACAAAUCUAGAGUAUCUGUCUGUAUUGUUUAUUACAGAGGGAUAUCAGUCUGGUCUCGAUGCCCUCCGCUGCGUCUUGAUCCUGACCAAAUACAGUUAUCCAAUAAGAUUUGUUUUUCUCAGUGAAAUGAAGGAGCUUAGUGAUUGCCUAUCAUUUAGAAAUAAAGAUAUUUCCUUCACCUCAGAUUAACAGAGUUUACUGCUUCACUUGUUGAUUCUGCAGAAAUUCACAUUUUUUUUCAGUCCCCUCUGAUGUAUAAAAAAACCCCUCAUAAGCAGCUAUAUUUGCUUUCAUAUUUGUUUUGACAGACUGUGUCCCUCUAUGUGCAUCUAUUGAUCACGCCCAUCUGAAAAAAGGGAGAUUCACCGGUGACCAGACUCAUGUCUUUGUAUUAAAGGCUAGAUUCUGGAUUCCAGGCAAAUACCAGUUAGCUACAUUAACAUGGAAUUGUGGGCAUAACCUAUGUCCCAAAUUGGAGAACAGCAGUACUUAACCUGCAGUUGUAAUUUGACACAGUAACACCAAGUAAAGAACAGUUUAGAUCAAACCAAAUGAUAAUCCUGUGAUUGAACAGCAGCCCAAAAGCCCUGCCCAGGGUGAGUGCACUGGCCUUUCCUGUUCAGAUUUGGGAAGUGAAAUGUGAAAUGUGGCAGUUGACAUGUGGGAGACAGAAGGCACUGGGCGGUGUAUGUGUGAGGAGUUCUCCAUGCGUCCCUACACUGUAACUACCUCUACACAUGCAAAAAGCACGCUGUGGUCAGCCUCAGCCUGUGAAUGUCCCAGUACAUAGGGCCUAAACCUUUAUUUCUACUGUCCAUGACCCCAGUGAGGAGCCCGUCCUAACCCUGCUUCAAUCGCACAGCAGUUUGCCUUCAUUGUCUCCAAUCUUUUCUCACUUGGACAACCUUGCAUAUUUCAUUCAUCUGUACAAGAAGUACCACAUGUGAAGCUCCCAGAGAAGACUGCUAAAAGGACUGUUUUGGUACACCUGAUUGAAUUGGCCUGAGCCUUGCAAUAAGUCCCAGCUCCUCGCUCACAGUGAGACUGGCGUUGAUGUGGAGGGCGUGUACUGAAUACUCAUGCUGUCACUUGCACUGUCUCCUGUGUGUACUCGAGACGUAAAGCUUUGGAAUAUCUUCUGGCUCGUUGUACUAUAAAGCUCACACCCGGAUGUAGUCCAUUCUGUCUCAGUACUACCUCUACAUAAGGAUUGGAGUCUGUUGAGCCUUAUCCAAUGCUGCCGGUACUAAAAGAGAUAUUUGUAAAGUUGUAUUAUUUUAGAAGUGUUUACAUUAAGUUUACAUUGGAACCACUAACAGAGGAUGUGCCACUACACAAGUCCUGCUGCAUUUCCAAGCUCUUUUCCACAGAGGGCUGCGCUUCACUUCGGAGCAGGGCUUAAGAAGAGACUAGAAUGAAAAAAAUCUGAAUUGCAUUGUGUGUCACUUAUUUGACACACAGUUUAAAACCUAAACGAUUAGUAGGCCUACUACGAACCGAUGCGUACUGCUUUGUGGAAAUGUCGGCGACUGUCACUCAUCUUGGAUCGUAUCCUGAACCCACCCCAACACUACACUGUCUGUGAUAAACCCCACCCCCCCUAAAUUAUCUGUCCUACUGCCGCUGCCCAUCCUAAACCCUGCCCCGUACAUGCCCUGCCCCCUCGAUCCUGUCUGUCCUAAACCCUGCCCCGUACAUGCUCUAUCCCCUCGAUCCUGUCCGUCCUAAACCCUGCCCCUUACAUGCCCUGUCCCCUCGAUCUUGUCCGUCCUAAACCCUGCCCCUUACAUGCCCUGUCCCCUCGAUCCUGUCCGUCCUAAACCCUGCCCCGUACAUGCCCUGUCCCCUGGAUCCUGUCCGUCCUAAACCCUGCCCCGUACAUGCCCUGUCCCCUGGAUCCUGUCCGUCCUAAACCCUGCCCCAUACAUGCCCUGCCCCCUCGAUCCUGUCCGUCCUAAACCCUGCCCCUUACAUGCCCUGUCCCCUGGAUCCUGUCCGUCCUAAACCCUGCCCCUUACAUGCCCUGUCCCUGGAUCCUGUCCGUCCUAAACCCUGCCCCUUACAUGCCCUGUCCCAUCAACCCUGUCCCAUUGACCCUGUCCAUCCUAAACCCCACCCCUGCAUUAAUCAUUUUCCCCUACCUGUCCUAAUGCCCCCGCCAUCCUGUCACAACCACUCAGAUGUCUUCCCUGCACAUUGGCAGUGGUAUAACAUGGGAGGUUGGACAAUAGCAUUGUUUCUAAAGGCGACGCUCUGUCAUACUGUAAAUGAUGUUUAUGUCAUGCCUAGUCAAAUACUUUAAAAAAUCAGAAGAGGGAUUUUUAACUGUCUAUAAUAUUCGAGAGUCCCUUUGAUGUGUAGUACUGGUGUUACUGUUGUAGUGUACGUGAUGCCCUAUGGGAACUGUGUACUUUUUAAGAUAAUAAAAUAAUGUUUGGCUACAC